AUGAUCUAUUCAAAAUUAGAUUUAUUUUCAUCUCAAUUCUAGUUUUGUAUUGGCAAGAAAUAAAAAUAGAAAGGUACUUUAUUUGGGACUAUUUUAUCUUUGGUAGUCUUGGUCAUUACAUUCUAUUACUUCAUUUACAUUUUAAGACUAUACUUCAAUAAUGAAAUCGACCCAAAUUUUAAGACUUAAAGCUUCAUUACUGAAGGGCAAGUAGAUAUUGAUAAAGAUAAUAACUAUGUCGGUUUCUAAUUUAAGUAUGGUAUUUAACCAAACUAAAAUUAAACAUACUUUUAGUACUACGCCUUCUAUUAUUUGCAUGAUGAGGGUAACUAUAAUUUGAUACCUUUAAAUAUAAUAGACUGCACAAGCCCAAGUCUUGAAGGCUUUCACUGUUUGGAUUUCUCUAAUAUUACAGAUCUUAAGUUGAGCCUCAAUACUAAAGGAAACUUUGGGUCAUAACUAUACAUUUUCACUUAUAGAUGCAUAGACACAGACUAAGUAAAGACGACUGUACCUGAUAAUUGCGCUAGCGAAGCAGAUAUCGAUGACAUGAUUAAUAAUAUUAACACAUCUUUAUAAUUUAAACUAUUUACUUCUUAAUACAAUACAACUUCUCAACAGAUUCAGGUUAACUAUAGAAAUGCGUAUAUAAACCCACUUUCAAGUCAACAAAUCGCUUACAAGCUUAACAAGAAGUAGGAAUAGGGGCUUUUAGUUGUGCUUUUAUUUUCCUAGAUGAAAUUGUUCAAUAAAAUUUAAUACCUCUCUCUUCCACAAGCAUUAGCGCAAAUUUAUACUAUUUUUACUCUUCUAAUGUUUUCAGGAGUUUUUGGAAGAUUAAUCUCAAAACACGUUAUGAAUAAUGAAUUGCUAAUGGUCUUUUUUAAGAACUUGUAUCUCGAAAAUUAUUUACAGAUAUUAAAAUCUAACAAUAUAAGUAAUGAGGAGCCUUUGCAAUCAUAACCUACCUAAUAAUUACAGUCAGAAUAAUAAACCAAUUUAAAAAGAGAUGAGUAGAAAAUAGAAGAACAAAAACCAGGAGAGAAAGAAAAUGAUGAAAAUUAAGAAUUUAAUUCUAAUUCACUAGUAAUUGUUCCUUAUUUUAGAAGUAAGUAGAAGUCUUCAUUGGAUUAUGAUUUUUCAUCUAAUUUACAAAGCAGCCAAUCAAAUAGCAAUAACCCAUAAAAAGAAUUACUUAAGAUUUAAGGCAGUUUGGCCUCAAGCCAAGUAAAAUCAGUUUAAUGCAAGUUUAAUCCAGAGUAGCAAAAUCCUAAUAUAUAUAUUAAUAAUCAAGAGUAAAACUUAGAUAAUAUUUUUGAUUCAAUUUUAGAGUCAGAAUCUUGCAAAUCCUAAGUUAGUUAACAAAAUGAGUCCAUUCAAAAUGAGACUUAAAAGCCAUUCUUUAGUACCAUAAACAAAAAAGCGAAAUGCUAUUUCAAAAAAAUUAAACUUUAGCGUAAUGACUAAAGUGAAAACAAAAAAGAAGAAAAUAAUUUAAAAAAUUACAAAAACCAAAUAUUGGCCAUUCAUAACACUUAAUUUGGCAAUUUAGUCAAACCUCUGAUUUCUAAUUUGAAACUAGAAAAAGGCUUCAAAAAACAAGUAAUAAGUAAUGGAUUGAAGCCAGAAGAAAAAAAUUAAAUUAAAGAGUAAAUUGAAAACGAUAUGGAUAUUUUGAACUUUUUUUAAGAUAUGCUGUUUUUGAAGAAAGCAAUUAUGCUGCUGCUGACAGAAGAUUAGCUAGCGUCAUUGCAGUUGGUUGGAUGCUCAUAAAAAUUCUUACAAUUAGAUUUUAAAAAUAAAGAUGCUGGCAGGAAUUAUUCUGAAAAAUUCAAAAGCUUGACUCCAUUUGAAGUAUAGUUUGCGAUAUAUUAAUCUAAAAUUCUGCAAUAGAAUUACUGUAAUAAGUUCAUUUAAAGAUGCACUAACAACAAACAAUUAAGUGUAUUAGACAAAAAAAUAUUACUAUCUAUUUAAAAAACUAUAAAUUGUUGA